AAGUUCUUUGUGUUCCACAGAAUCUGUCUAUGACCUUCUCCCAAAGGAGCUGCAGUUACCACCUUCCAGAGAAACAUCCAUAGCAUCCAUGAGCCAAACAAGCGGUGGUGAGGCCGGUUCGCCGCCUCCAGCUGUAGUUGCUGCUGAUGCUUCUUCAGCUCCCUCCUCUUCCUCCAUGGGCGGUGCUUGCAGCUCCUUUACCACCUCUUCCAGCCCUACCAUUUACUCUACCUCAGUCACCGACAGCAAGGCUAUGCAAGUGGAGAGCUGCUCCGCGGCCGUGGGGGUAAGUAGCCGAGGGGUAAGUGAGCAGCAGCUUCCCGGUACCGCAGCCCCGCCGCCGGCGGCCACGCCGAAGCGCCACACUGUCCUCUACAUCUCGCCACCUCCCGAGGACUUGCUGGACAACAGCCGGAUGUCCUGCCAGGAUGAGGGCUGUGGAUUGGAGUCAGAGCAGAGCUGCAGUAUGUGGAUGGAGGAUUCACCCUCCAACUUCAGUAACAUGAGUACCAGUUCCUACAAUGAUAACACUGAGGUGCCACGUAAAUCGCGCAAGCGCAACCCAAAGCAGAGGCCAGGGAUCAAACGCCGAGAUUGCGAAGAGUCCAACAUGGAUAUCUUUGAUGCCGACAGUGCCAAAGCGCCUCACUAUGUCCUUUCUCAGCUCAGCACGGACAGCAAAAGCAACUCAAAAGCAGGAAAUGGAGCACCAGAGAACCAGAAGGGAGCUGGAGGGAAGAAGACCCCAAUGUUGUGUGGUCAGUACCCGACCAAGAGUGAGGGGAAGGAGCUGAAGAUCAUGGUGCAGCCGGAGACCCAGCACAGGGCUCGGUACCUGACCGAGGGCAGCCGGGGCUCCGUCAAGGACCGGACGCAGCAGGGCUUUCCCACCGUCAAGCUGGAAGGCCACAACGAGCCCGUGGUGCUGCAGGUGUUCGUGGGCAACGACUCGGGGCGCGUGAAGCCACACGGCUUCUACCAGGCCUGCCGGGUGACGGGCAGGAACACCACGCCCUGCAAGGAGGUGGACAUCGAGGGCACCACCGUCAUCGAGGUGGGGCUGGACCCGAGCAACAACAUGACCCUGGCGGUGGAUUGUGUGGGAAUCCUGAAGCUGAGGAACGCUGAUGUGGAAGCCAGGAUAGGGAUUGCGGGCUCCAAGAAGAAGAGCACCCGCGCCCGGCUCGUCUUUCGCGUCAACAUCACGCGCAAGGACGGCUCCACGCUGACCCUGCAGACGCCCUCCUCCCCAAUUCUGUGCACUCAGCCAGCAGGAGUCCCAGAGAUCCUAAAGAAAAGUCUCCACAGCUGUUCAGUGAAGGGUGAAGAGGAAGUUUUUCUGAUUGGCAAGAACUUCCUAAAGGGAACAAAAGUGAUUUUCCAAGAGAAUGUUUCCGAUGAGAAUUCUUGGAAGGCAGAAGCUGAAAUUGACAUGGAAUUAUUUCAUCAGAAUCACCUUAUUGUGAAGGUGCCACCAUAUCACGACCAGCAAAUCACCUCAGCUGUCUCAGUGGGGAUUUACGUGGUGACCAACGCUGGCAGAUCUCACGACGUGCAGCCCUUCACCUACACUCCAGAGCCAGCUGGGACUCUGAAUGUUAAUGUGAAGAAGGAAAUCUCCAGCCCAGCCCAACAUUGUUCUUUUGAAGAGGCUAUAAAAGCAGUGAAGGCCACGGGCUGUAACCUGGAGAAGGUGAACAUUCUUCCUAGUGCCUUGAUAACUCCACUCAUGCCAAGCAGUAUGAUCAAGAACGAAGAUGUGGCUCCAAUGGAAGCUUCGAAUGUGGUUGGACCAACUCAGCAAACAUUGGAAAACAGCAUGUCCGGCAUAUCAACUUCUGCUUCCCAUUUACCUUCUGAAGGCGAAAACCAGCAGCAGCUGCAGCCCAAGGUGUUCAACGCGGAGCCCCUGAGCACCAUCCAGCCGCAGGACAUUUCUCAGCCGGGCAGCAUUCUGCAGAGCAGCGAUGCCCUGCUGCAGCAGGCGGCGCAGUUCCCGGGCAGGGAGGCGCAGCCCCGCGAGGUGCUGCAGUCGGACGGCACCGUGGUGGCUCUGUCCCAGCUGGCUGAGGCCUCGCAGCAGCAGCCGCAGCCCACGCUCGCGGAGCCGGCCCAGGCCCUGCAGCAGCAGAUCUCCUCGAGCAUCUUCUCGUCGGCCAGCGGCGUCAGUCAGCUCCAGAACACCAUCCAGCAGCUCCAGGCUGGGAACUUCCCCACCAACACCGCCACGGGCAGCAGCAGGAACGUCGACUUGGUGCAGCAGGUUCUGGAAGCUCAGCAGCAGUUAUCUUCCGUUCUGUUUUCGGGCUCAGACAGCAGCGAGGAUGUCCAGGAUCAGCUGAACGCAGACAUCUUUCAGCAGGUCAGCCAGAUACAGAGCAGCGUGAACCCCGGGAUGUUUUCCUCCUCGGACACAGCUGUCCAUUCCAGAGCAGAGAACCUUUUGCCUGGCCGAGCUGAGAGCGUCCACCCGCAGCCCGAGGGUGCCCUGUCCAGCCAGCAGCAGCAGCAGCAGCAGCAGCAGGCCAUGGAGACCUCGGCGGCCAUGGUGAUGGGCAUGCAGCAGAACAUGUGCCAGGCGGCCACGCAGAUGCAGUCGGAGCUGUUCUCGUCCAGCACGGCGGGGAACGGGGCCCUGCAGCAGUCCCCGGUGUACCAGCAGGCGUCGCACAUGAUGGGCGGCCUGUCCGGCAGCGAGGACAUGCAGAUGCAGUGCGAGCUGUUCUCCUCGUCCCCGGGCGUGGCUGGCGGCGAGGCGGCCGCCCCCGCGCAGCAGCCCGUGUCCAGCAGCGGGGCUGCCAUGUUCCAGCCCAGCAGCUCUGCGGAGGGAGAGGAGGCCUCGGGCCAGGGCAAACAGAUGCAGAGCUCUGUGUUCCAGACCAUGGUUCAGAUGCAGCACGGCGGGGAAAGUCAGUCCCAGGUUAAUCUCUUCUCGUCCACCAAGACCAUGAUGAGUGUCCAGGCCAGUGGGACUCAGCAGCAGGGCGGGGCUCUGUUCCAGCAAGGUGGAGAAAUGAUGUCCAUUCAGUCGGGAAGCUUCAUCCAGCAAUCCCCACACUCGCAAGCUCAGCUUUUCCACUCUCAGAACCCUAUUGGUGACACUCAGAAUAUAUCCCAGGAAACGCAAGGAUCCCUUUUUCAUAGCUCAAAUUCCAUUGUCCACAACCAGACCAACACUAAUUCCUCUGACCAACUGCAGCCCCCCAUGUUCCACUCACAGAAUGCCAUGGGUGUCUUGCAGAGCUCCUCGGUGCCUCAAGACCAGCAGUCUGCCAACAUGUUCCUUUCCCAGAGUUCCAUGAGCAACCCUGCCACUCAGGAGGAGCAGAUGUCGUUCUUCACAAGCCCAAACCCCAUUUCUCCUCUUCAGACAGCAACAAACACUGAACAGCAGACUUCUUUCCAGCAGCAGACGCAGAUCUCUCAUAUGCAGAGCUCCAUGCUUCCCCAGGAGCAGCCCCAGGCUCAGCCAGCUCAGCAGGGUUUGUUUCAGUCCCAGGUGUCGUUGGGCUCCAUCCAGUCCAGCUCCAUCCCUCAGAACCAACAAGGAGCCAUCUUCCAGCCUCAGCAUUCGAUUGUUGCCAUCCAGAGCAGCCCUCCCUCUCAGGAGCAGCAGCAGCAGCAGCAGCAGAACAUGAUGUUCAGCAAUCAAAAUGCAAUGAGUACAAUGGCCCCCCAAAAGCAGAACAUGAUUUUCAAUCCAAACCAAAACCCAGUCACCAAUCAGGAGCAACAAGGCCAGUCCAUUUUUCAUCCACAGUCCAACAUGGCCUCGAUGAAUCAGGAGCAGCAGCCCAUGCAAUUCCAGAGUCAGACCACAGUGUCUUCUCUCCAGAACCCUGGCUCCAGCCAGGCUGAAGCACAGCAGCCAGCCAUCUUCCAUAACUCGCCCCAGAUUCAGCUGGUCCAAGGGUCCCCAAGUUCUCAAGAGCAACAAGUCACCCUGUUCAUCUCGUCAGCUUCCAUGUCUGCCCUGCAGAACAGCAUGAGCCAGCCGGAGCUGCAGCAGUCCCCCAUGUACUCCUCCCAGAACAGCAUGGCAGGAAUGCCAGGAACUGCUUCUCCUCCCCAGCAGCAGGCUCCUCUGUUCCACAACACGGCGGGAGGGGCCAUCAACCAGCUGCAGAACUCCCCUGCCUCGUCCCAGCAGACCUCGGGGAUAUUCCUGUUCGGCAUCCAGAACACCCCGCUGCCCCCGGCCAUGGCCGCCAACCAGAACAUGGAGAAGAUCGACGACCUGCUCGUGUCCUUGCAGAACCAGGGCAACAACAUGGCUGGCUCCUUCUAACGAGGCAAGUGAAAUUCCGUGGAGAAAAAAAAGCGACGAUUUCCCAGAUCCUCUCAGACCUUCCAACUCUGGAUUAGGCUGCGUGGAACCAAUUGCUUCUGUGGAAAAGUGGCCUCUUUAAGAGCACAGCGUGGCCAGUGGCAGACCUGAGGCCAUGACCAUGGAGUUUGGGCUCCACAGUGCCAAUAAUGCUGAGGAGUUAUGCUUUGUGUUACUGGGGCGUGGGGUUGGGCUGUUACCAGGUUCAUGAACCUCAUUACAGUGGGGGCUCUUGGAAUUUAAAGCAUAUCUGGUCAGUUAUUAUUGUUGUUGGAAGGUAAUCCAUGUUACCACGUUUACUUUUUCCCUGCUAUUCCUUCCUCCCAUCCCUUUUUCCCCUUGGGAAGCUCGUGCAGCAGGAGCAGCAGCUGCCAGUCAGAGCAGGGAUCUCUCCACUGACACGGAGUGGGAGAGCCAGGCCCUCCCUUCAUCAAUUGCAAGUAUUGCUAACUGUAAUAACAAGCAGAGAAUUGCUGCUGUAAAUAACCAGUUCCCAUCUCAGAAUGGGAUUAACGGUUUUCCACGUCUGUGGAAGCUGGAGUUACGUGGAGCUGUACAUAGAGCAAGGGUUUGGUUGGUGGCUCUACAAAAUGAAGAAAGGAAGGGGAACUUCCAGCUGAUGUUAAAAUCUUCUCUAAAACACCUUCAGCUUGAAAAGAACAUUCUGUGUGGCUGAGGAAGGGGCUCCUCUGUGUCUCUCCUUCUGACUGAUGGGUUGGAGCUCUGUGAAGCCUCAUGAGCUGUUCCCAAACCAGCCUUCUCCCUUUUAUUCUUUCCAUGGUUUUCCCUCGCUCCCUCAGUUUUGUAUUUUGUUUUUUUAAAAAAAGACAUAAAUAUCCUACUGGAUUUAAAGCUAAAGAAAAAGCUUUUAGGAAUCCUUGGCAGUAAAUUGCUUAGUCAGUAGAAGCUUUGACAAAUAAUCAAGGAGUAAGGAGAGAGGAAGCAAUUUCUCCACCACCUUGUAAUUGUAGGAAUCCCCCUUAACCCGCCACUUCCAGCUGUGACUGAUGGAAAUCUUCAGCUUGGCUUUACUCCAAGUAGGGGGCAAAUUGCAUCAUUUUUAAGCCUUCUUAAAAGGUCACUUCAUCCCGAGCUGUUGCAUCCUUGUAGCACAUGAGCUCAUCGCAGUUCUGAAGUGAUUUUUCCUUUUUCUACCACCGAGCCCCAAGUCUGGUUUCUAGAUUGUCAUGUUUAAUUAAGGAAUAAAUCAUCGACCGAUGUUACCGAAUGUAAAAUCAACCCACUCCAGACCAUGCCAGGCGUAUUGUGAGGCUUGUGGAUUUUUUGGGUGCUUCAACUCUCCAGACCGUGUGUGAUCUCUCCCUACGGCCUCGUGAGAUCCGUGUGCUCCCGCGGCGCCCGUUCCGCCUCGGUGGAGUGUAGCUGGUAUCACGUCAUUCUUCAUUUUUGUUAUUUGAAAUAACAAAGGAACAGUCUGUAAAUGGUUUUUUUUUUUUAAGUUCCUCGAGUCUGUUUACUGUGUGUUUUCCCUUUAACUCGUGUGCGUAGUUGAGCCGUGUAGUUUUCCUUGGUUUUUCCUGGAUUUCCCCGUUUGUUGGUCUGUCCCACGUUCACUUUCUCUUUCUGUCUCUCUCUUUCUCUCUCUCAUUGAGAGGCAUUGAAUUACGUUUUCAGUAGUAAGGCUUCUUGCCGAUAUGAAGGGAACUUUUCAGAAAGAGACCUGCUCUGGGUCAUUUAAUUUUGAAUACAGUUUUCAAUCGUUCAAGUUUUGGAUGGUUUAUAUCUAAUGUGUGUUUCAUUUUUUUGGAAAGCUAUAUUUUGUAUUUAGGAAAUGGUAUAACUAUUUUGCUAUUUGUACUGAGUGAGUACAUUGGCAUAAAUAUAAAAAUUUAUAUAUAUACAUAUAUAUAAAAUAUUCUUUUUGCCACACAUUUUUGUGGUAAAUUUGUGAGUUUGUCUGAUGUUCUACCACAACGUGGCGUCUGAUAACAGUGGGGUGGGGUGGGGUUUGUUAUGUCUUUAUUGAGUAUUUAAGUACUUUUUGCAACAUAAAUAACGUGUUCAUCUCUCGCCAUUCCAUCAGGCAGUGUUGGUCCAGCUGGCCACGAGAAGCUUCGCUCUGUGUUUGGUGUGUCCCUCACUCACAGCCUAGCCAGGAAACCCAGAGGCAUUUAGGAUUAUAUAAAAUAUGAAAUAUUGGGGUUUCCCUCAGAAUGAGCCAUUCAGCUUUUCUCCACUCUCAUUGCCUAUUUAAUAUUUUAUUAUUAGCGCCUCUGUGUUUUAACUCCUAAUUUAUGAUUAUGCUCAAAUGUUGGAAAUUUUAAUCAGGACAGAAAGAAUUCCCCGCUGCAUCAUGUCCAGAGCUGCUUUAACCCCAACCCAGACUUCUUCUUUCUGUAUUUCAUUUUUUUUCCCCUGCUAAGACAAAACAUUACCAACAUCUUGUAAUGGUUCACAAGACGAAAGCAGCAGCCCCAGCAGUGCCCAGCUGCUGUGUGGGGCUGCUCAGGCUGAGAACAGCGGACCCAACAACGUCCAGAGGGCCGUGGAAGUCCAUAGGCACUCGCUGGGGAAGGAACUGGUGGUGUUUGCAGGAUGUGUGUCCCAGGGUGAGCUGUUGGGACACGGAAGGAGUGACAGGAACGAUGGAUUCGCUCGCGCUGCUUCGGUUUGCUCCUUGUUCCCAAGGGCUCUAUCCGUUUGUGGGUCAGUGCCAAGUCACCAGGGACCAAUUCUGCGUGGAACAGGAUGAGUGCCCAGAAGAGAACCUCGUCCCAAGCCUGCCACAGCUCCAGGGAAAAAGGGUAUGUUUGAAUUGUGGGCGUGUUUGAGGUCACUCGUGAAGAGAAGAGGGAAAAAAACAUACACAAAAAACCAACCAAGGGCUGUGCUAUCCCAGUUUUCCCUUCUGGAAACACCUUCCUUUCCUCGUGUUAAAUUUUCCUGUUCAUUUUAGGUCAAUGUUUAAAUGUACAACACUUUGAACAUGUGAUUUGGUUCCAAGAAGUAUUUGUGUGACUGAAGAGGUCGCUCAGCGGUUGGCGCGUGCUCGGCUCUGGGCUGCAGGGGUUGGAGCAGGAGAGAGGAGCUCGGGACAGGCUGCAGGGUGUCCUGGCAGGGAGCAGAGCCUGAGCACGGCUGGCUCUGACCACGGCCCUGAACGUUCAGUUCUGAGCAUUGGGGUUGGGCAGCAGAGCUUCUCUGUGUGCCAUCGUGUCCCCUCAGGCCCUUUGUGUGGCACAGAGGACCCCGAGGUGCCAGGCUGUCGGCCCAGCAUCCCUGGGGUCCCAGAGCACCCGUUUGUGGGCACAGGUGAGGGCUGAGGGAGAUGGAGCUGCCAACCCCCCCACAUCCCCUCAGCUUUUACCCUGAGCGUGCCCAGAGCCCGCCCAGACACCACAGAGCCACGCUCGGUGCAGUUGGAGCUGAACAUCUCCCCUGGCAGAGCCACUGGUGCUUUGUGCUUAAUUAACAGCAGCUUUGGUAUUAAUUGCCUCCUCACUGCCUGGUCUUGCUGCAAGCCAAACGCUUUGCUCUUAUUUUAACACAAAUCUAGUUCAAGAAAUAAUUCCAGGCUGGCUGUUCUGAAGUGGGUGUCCCCUCUCUGAUCAGUGAUGAUGAUUUCUUCUGAUCACUGACAGGGUGGCUGCUUCCAUGUGGUUUUGAGAUAAAACAAGGCACGAGC